AUGAAGGCGUCGUCGUUCGCCGCAGUGCUUUUUGUGACAAUACUUUCCUUUAGUGGUAAAAUUCAAUGCGAAGCGCAGAAUGACCGCGACUUCUACCGGACAUUGGCCAAUGUCACGCUGGACCGUUACAUGGAUCUCAUUUCGAUACCCCAAGUGCCCGGUCGCUACGUGACCGAUGAGGAUCAACAGAGCAACUGGGUUUGGGAGGAGAACGACGACGAGUACAUCAGGAGUUAUCAGGUGACGAAUUGCCGAGAUGAGAGAAAUUCUGUGCCCUUCAAGGUGAAAUAUGGCGAUCUCCGCGUCGAACCAGAUCCCCUGGUAUUCCCUGGAACGAUUCGAAUAACUUCCGAUAUACAAGUCCUGGAGGAUUUGGUGGAUCCGAUCAAGAUACGGGUUCAGAUGCGCCGUCGCAUGGUUUACUUCUGGAUGGACCUUCCCUGCUUGGCUCAGUACGGCUCGUGUGUCUACGAAAAUAUUUGCGAGUCAUCGAUCAGAUGUCCAAUAUUCUACGAUCUGCUCGGCCUGCCCUGCGGUUGCCCCAUCAAAAAGGGAAACUACUCUACGGAGAACAAGCUGUACAACGUUCCCGAUGUUCUUCCGACUUGGCUCACAUCCGGAGACUACCAAGUCGUCCUCAAAGCCUCAUCCGGAAGUCGAUCUCUGUUUUGCGUUCAUUUCAAGCUCUCGGUGGAGGGGCCGGAUGACCGUGAAAAACUCCUCAACCUGCUCUCGAAGUAUUGA